AUGCCCCACCACGCGGUCAUACGCGAAGAUCGUGAAACUACCAAAGUCCGAAUUGUUUUCGACAUAAGCUCCAAAGCACCCGGAGCACAAUCAUUGAAUGACAUCCUCGAACCCGGUCCUAAUCUCAACCCCGACAUGCUGAAGCUAUUACUCACUUUUCGCUUACAGAGAAUCGCAAUCAUAGCCGACAUUGAGAAGGCUUCCCUUCAAAUUCUUCUGGACGUUCAGGACCGAGACUUCCUUCGUUUCUUCUGGUAUGAAACCACUCCGUCCGUAGAAGGUCAGUUGCCCCGACUCGAAAUAUGGCGCAUGACACGCGUUCCCUUUGGCGCUACGAGUAGCACUUUCCUUUUAGCUGCCACUAUACAUCAUCAUCUGCAGCACCAGGUGGCUACUUAUCCGUGGACGACAAGUCGACUGAAAGCACGGUUCUAUGUUGAUGAUCUCGUCACUGGCGCCGAGGAUACCCAGGAAGUCAUGAAACUUUUCCGGGAAACUCUUCAGAUCUUUGAAACUGCAAGCAUGCCAGUCCGGAAAUGGCUCACAAACAGUCCCACUCUUCAGCAAGAGUUUGAACGCUCAGGCUACACGCGAGUGUCAACUGUAUCUGCUAAGGUGUUGGGCAUCACUUGGCAUACCGGUCGGGAUGACCUGACAUGCUCUCUCACUUCCAUUUCGGAGUUCCUCAAGUCCAGUCAAUGUACGAAGCGCCACGUCUUACGUAGUGUCUCCCGGCUUUUUGAUCCCUUCGGGUUUUUGGCGCCGUUCACGAUAACCCCCAAGAUUCUCUUCCAAAGCCUCUGGGAAGAAAAAACACCAUGGGACGCUACCCUCACGACUGCAAGUUCAAUCGUAUGGAACACCUGGUGCUCAGAGCUCAACCAACUUACGUCCUUUGCGCUCCCACGUAUUCUCGACCCAGAUAGCCCCGACCUUGUCUCAACUUUCUCGCUGCAUGCCUUUUGCGAUGCCAGCCCGCAUGCGUAUGGGGCGGUUGUUUACUUUCGCAACCCAAAGACUUGCCGUGUCACCUUCGCCGUUGCCAAAUCGCGAGUGGCCCCUUUGAAACGUCAGAGCCUUCCCAGGCUAGAGCUAAUGGCAGCUGUCCUUGCAGCCCGAUUACUCAAGACCGUCACAGAGGCAUUCUCAAUCGUGCGCGACAACUGCAACGCCUGGACAGAUUCUAUGAUUGCCCUUUCCUGGAUUCGGACGGCACCUUCACGCCUAAUACCUUUCAGCUCUCUAUGGGUAUCCGGCCCUCCCUGGCUCCAGCAGGCAACGACAUUCUGGCCCCCAACACCAAACCCGGUUGAAUCACCGCCAGAUGCCAUCGAGCUCAAUGCACAGCUUGACGUAGAUGUCUCCCUACUACUUGUUCCCGGACCUCCGACUGAGGCUGUGCUCUCUAUAAACAACUUUAGUAGCUUUACCCGUCUACUCGCAGUAACGGAAUGGAUUUUUCGCUUUAUUCAACGUGCUAGAAGAUCAACUAAUGCUGCUCCACAGCAUGGCAACGCUCAUCUGUCAGCCGACGGCUUGCACAGAGCCGAGCAAUAUUGGAUCAAGACUGUACAGCAAGAGGUAUUCGGACCAAAUCCUGCCGUUCAUGAAAAUCUGCGAGACCUCUCAGUCUUCAUCGAUACCGAAGGUAUCCUCCGGCUCACGACUCGGCUAGUUUUCAGUGGGCUGAAUUCCUCCACGAUCAACCCUAUAAUUCUUCCCGGCAAGCAUUAUUUCACGUGGCUUAUGAUCACGUACACCCACGUAAACCAGAUGCACACCGGGGUUCAAGGCACCCUCGCUCAACUGCGUGAGAGGUUUUGGAUCAUACGUGGACGUCAAGCAGUCAAAAGAGUCAUAUAUGCGUGUGUCGUCUGCCGCCGGUUCGGGAGUAAGGCCACACGCCAAGCCACGGCUUCGCUUCCUCCAGAUCGUCUCUCCAGAACCGAACCCUUUCAUGUCACGGGGCUUGACUUCGCAGGCCCGAUCUACUAUCGUACUGACCGCUCGAGCACCACUCCGAAGUCAUAUAUCGUCCUAUUUACGUGUGCUGUCACUCGCGCCGUCCAUCUAGAAUUGGCAUCCUCAAUGACCACAGACGAUAUUCUACAAGCCUUCAGACGCUUCAUCGCUCGUAGGUCGAUACCUGCCAAAGUGUACUCUGACAACAUCCGGACAUUCAAGCGGGCCUCCACGGACCUUGCCGAACUUGGCUGGCUCAUCCAUGCCGAACCCGUCCAGCGCUACUGCGCAGUUUACAAUAUCCAAUGGGUAUUCAUCGCCGAGCGCGCAGCCUGGUGGGGCGGGUUCUGGGAACGGCUGGUGAGAUCAGUCAAAGACGCCCUGCGCAAGACUUUAGGACGUAGCUCACUGACGUUCGAGCAGCUGACAACCAUCCUCACUGAAAUUGAGGCCACGAUCAAUUCGCGUCCAUUGACAUACCUCUCCGACGAUCCCAGAGACCUUUCACCACUCUGUCCAUCUCACUUUCUGGUUGGAAGGCGCCUGACUCUCCUACCUGAGCAUCCUCAGACCAGCUGUACCACUGAUGAAACCCGUUCCUCGCUUAUCGAGAAGGCAGAUCUCCGACGGGUGAUGCUGGCGAGCUUUUGGCGCAGGUGGACCCGCGACUACAUAUGCGAGCUGCCUUCCGCUCAUCGCUUCCAGUGCAGGGAUAUCGUACCCUACAAGGUGGGCGAGCUAGUGCUCCUGUCCUCCAAACCACAAGGAAGAGCAGUGUGGCCACUUGCACGUAUCUCUGAGGUACAGCCAGGACGCGACGGAGUCAUCCGAGCGUUCUGGGUAGUACUUCCCAACGGAUCAGAAAUACGUCGUCCCGUCCAGAACCUCCACAAGCUGGAGCUUUGA